AUGGAGGAGAAAAAAGCCGCGAAAUUCAUUAAGCAAACUGCCAGAACCAUCAUCGAUUGGGAGCUUUUCGUCUCGCUUGUCGGCUUUUGGGAUGAUACCGUCACGGACAACAUCGACGAUGAAUAUGAACGGCUCGUUAAACACCUUCACGGCUACACGAAGAUUCUAAGAGUUUUAAAACCACCAAGAGACGCCUGUCUCCUGAAACAUUUGGGCUGA